CGAUGAUCGUGAAUUGGGAACCUUUUGAUUGCAGAUUUGUUUUCUUAGGGUUGACCUAGGACUCAGUGAGUUACAUAACACCAACAAUAACAACAAAAAGAUCCAUUAGUUCCAUGACUUGUGAGAAAUAGCAUCGACAUCUCUGUUAAUCUAUACCGGUACUGUCUUUAAAGAAGGACAUGUUGGAUAAUGUAGUAUUAAAUAUGCAUCAACUUUGACAACAGGCCUACGGGAUGGCCACUUGGAUGUAUUUGAUUAUAGGUCUGUCCGUCUAGGAUUGACCUGGGGUUAACCAACAUCGUCAACACCAACGCAAGUGAAGAUCGCCGUAAGCAAAUAUAUUCAGAGACUGAAAUGGAAAGAAAAGAGAGUGUUAACAUCUCCCUGUUGUCCGGUGACCACUUCAACAACAGCUAUUACAACACCGACAAUAACAACGCUAAUCACAGCAAGAACAACAUCAACAUUAACAACAACAACAACAGUGUGAACACAGUCGUGUCGUCCGGCGUGGCCUCACUACCCGGUUCUCUACCCGUUUCCGUGGAAAACCACAAGCUGACCACUAACCCUGCUCUGAUGGCCACUAAUGGUUUCCAGGCCCCUCGGCCUCCGGACACGCCGAAUAACUUCGUGAUUGAGGUUUACAAUCUGGAUAAAAUGAAAACCCGAGCGAGGGACCGAGUGUCAUCUGGCAAAUUGGACACCUUCAUCUGCGGAUUAUGCAACAAGGUCUACCACAAACUACUGGAUAUCCUGGAACAUAAGUUACAGCGUGAGUAUAAUAAGGAUCUUUGUUUCCUUGUCUGGUCUUUCCCCAACCCUUACAUAACAUGUUCUCAAAAAAAAAAACAACCACACUACACAACUGAUAGGGGCCUAUACAUUUUCAUAUCACUUCGACAUGAAAAAAGCAGGGUUGCUUGUUCUGCAAGAAAUGUCAACCAAAUACGCCUAAUUGGUGAAGGUCAAUUUCCGAGUUAAACAAGCUUUAUUUGG